AUGGCGGGUGAUUGUGCAAUUGACACGGAGAAAUACUCUCUGUUCGAGGAUUUCAAUGUCAAUGUCAAGGUUCACUCCGGCAUGUGUGUUAGGGCACCUUUCCUUGUCCUUGAUGAAAACAAGAAGCUGAUGCUUUUGCCAUUGACUCUCCUUCACGAGGAAGCUCCUGAUCCUGUCAACACUUCUUCUUGGACUGAAGUUCCUAAUGUUUCUACAAAAGCUCAGUUUCCUCUUCAAAAAUGGGUUCAUGUUGGUUGUGAGGUUUCUAGAAACUACAUGCGCCUUUAUAUUUGCGGAGAGAUUGUAGGAGAGCAAGUCUUGACUUCUUUGAAGACCAAUGUCACUACUUCAGAUUGUGCACGAAAGAUUUCACUAUUUAGUGUUGGUGGAGAUGGUUAUAGCGUUAGUUUCAUCCACCGUGCAGACGUAUUGCCAUCUAGAAUGUGUGGUUCUUUCUCUCCUUCAGUUUUAAAUCUGUACUGCAAAUCGGAUUGUUUAUGCUAUCUCGCGGCUGCCCCUGCUGCUACCAAGGCUGCAAGCAGGUCAUCUGAUGAGGAAAGUGAAGAUGAAAAGCCUGCAUUAAAGAAGGCUAAAAAGCUGCUAAAGGAUAGCAGCAGCGAUAAAUCUGAAUCUGAGAGUGAAGAUGAGAAAGAAACCCCUUAG